CAGGUUCAAUUAGCAUGGUAUAAAUACCAUGGACAAAGAGAGACACACAGGCUCUGCAUGCUGAACCAGCAAGAUUAGUAUUGGAAACAGGAAGACAGCUUCCACUAUAAAGUAGUGCUUUAAGAAUGUCUGGUCGUGGAAAGAAGGUCCAGAAGGUGGUUGCUGCUGGUAAAUCCUCCAGAUCCUCUAAGGCAGGUCUCCAGUUCCCUGUCGGCCGUAUCCACAGGUUCCUGAAGAAGGGGAACUAUGCUGAGAGGAUUGGCUCUGCAGCCAGCAUCUACAUGGCGGCCACCCUGGAAUACCUAUGUGCUGAGGUCCUUGAGCUGUCGGGAAAUGCAGCCAGAGACAACAAGAAGUCCCGGAUCUUGCCUAGACACAUUCAGCUGGCUGUCAGGAAUGAUGAUGAACUGGCCAAGCUGUUUGAUGGGGUCACUAUAGCGGAUGGAGGAGUGCUGCCAAAUAUCCAUGCCAUUCUACUGCCAAAGAAGACCUCACGGGGACCAUCCUCUGAAGAAUCUAAAGCGGCAGAGUCUCAGGAAUUUUAAUUAUUUGAACAGUUGCUUUUUCAUAACUUGUACAUUUUAAAACUUUAUAUUUUAUGCUUAAUUAUAUUAAAUAAAAAUAGUCAGAGCUGCUCUGAUUUUUAUCAUA